CAUUUCAAUAUUAUAUUUGAUAUAUUAACAAGUAUGCUCAUUAAGCAUUAUGCAGCUUUAAAAGCAAACGCGAUCUAAUUUUGACGUCGACGACACUUACGCAUUGAACUAAAGAAUCUACGAGUAGCUGAAAAAGAUGAGACUUGGCAGUUUAACAGGACUUUUGACAGUAUUCUUAGCUGUCUACAUAGAAGACACAUAUGCUGGUACAUCGUGUUGCCACAAGACAAGAGAAGAGCUGAAAGAAAUGAUAUCAUUGGUAUCUGCAAUUGAAGAAACGCUAACAACCAAAAUGUCCGAUUUAAAAGCUGGCAUCAAAGAAGAAGUAUCUUCCUUGGCAACUGGUAUUUCUUCCGACGUGGACACUCUAACGGCUGGUAUUUCCACACUGACAAAGAUGGUUUCAACACUCUCAAAUGCCAUUUCUUCAAUAAAAACGGACGUGUCUGAUAUAAAAGCUGAAAAUGCUGGUAUUAAAAGAGACAUCGCAGCAUUAGUGAAGACAUUAAAUAAAACAAAUUGCGAGUUGACACCCUGUGAAAAUGAUGGAACUUGUAACGAAACAGAAAAUGGCUACACGUGUCAGUGUAAGAGUGGAUACACUGGGAGGAAUUGUGAAACAGAUAUAGACGAGUGCGAUUCGAGUCCCUGUCAAAAUGAAGGCACCUGUAUUGACGAAGUAAACAGAUAUACGUGUAAAUGCAAGGCUGAAUUUGCUGGAGUCAAUUGUACAAUCACCAUCGGAAGGCUAAAAACCAAACCAAUUGUUACAAAUAGAACCCUGACGGUUGGCUUUAUACAUGAUAUUGCAGUAACAUGUAGUGGACAUAUUGUGGCAACGGAUAUUAACACCGCAAAGAUAUAUGACCGUGAUUAUACUCUCAUCAAGGACAUUGGCAAAGAAUUUUCUUUUGUAACAGUUACAAGCGAUGACAAACUUGCAUUCACUACUUUUAGUUCUAGUGAAAUACACUUUUAUACAACAGACGGCAGUUUUAUACGCAACAUAAAUGUAACGGUUGAAGGGGCUCGACUAACUGGUCUCACUUCACUAUCUACUGGUGAGUUGGUUGUAUGCGAUGGAAAGACAGACAGAGUGUAUAUUGUUGACCAGUAUACAGGAAAUGCAACACCCAUCUCUGCUAAUGGUACGUUUGAAACUCCUAAUUAUGUGACCAUUAAUAACAAGGGUGUAAUUAUAGUUACCGACUACCACGGAGAUUCUGUAAAAGGGCUGAGCCGAACUGGCUCAGUACUGUUUAGUUACGGUAAAGAUGGACCAAAACCCGAAGAGAUGUUGGCUGUUCCCCAUGGUGUCAAGACAGAUUCACAGGACUAUAUAGUGGUAGCAGAAGCCUGGGAAGACAAUAUUCACCUGCUUACCCCUAAUGGCACGUUCCAUAGUUACCUCCUAACGGCAAGUGAUGGCGUGAUCUUCCCAAGAGCUGUUGGGAUAAACAAAGAUGGUCAAGUUAUGGUUGGGGAUAACAGAGGACGAUUAUUUACUAUCACAUACAGGGAAUAAAAUGAAUAUAAAACAUAAGACAAUAUUGAACACGAUGAUUAUUGUGC